AUGCUGUGGCUGCUGCUUCUGACUCUCCCCUGUCUGAGGGGCUCCGUACCUGUGACCUCAGAUCCUGGCCCAGGGACUGAGCUACUGGGCGUUAUUGGGGGACAUGAUGCUUCCAAUAGAGCGUGGCCAUGGCAGGUGGGCGUGUGGUGGUACCCGUAUGAAAAACAGGACCCGAAUCAUCCCUUUUGUGGGGGCUCCCUCAUCCACCCCCAGUGGGUGCUGACUGCUGCUCACUGCAUUCCAGAGGAAAACCCCGACCCUCAGCACUUCAAGGUCCAACUAGGAGGAGUGAGACCCUCAUUGAGUGACAGUGUGCCGGUGGCUAGGAUCAUCCGCCACCCAGAGUACAGGAUUGAAGAGGGAGCACUAGGUGGGGCGGACGUGGCGCUUCUCAAACUGGGGUCCCCAGUGCGACCAUCUAACCUUGUCAAGUGGAUCAGACUCCAGCCACCCUCCGCUGCAUUCCCCCCAGGAACCCCAUGCUGGGUGACUGGCUGGGGCAGGAUUGGUCCUGAAGAGCUGCUGCCGUGGCCAUACAAUCUGCAGGAAGUGGAGGUACCCAUCGUGGCAGAUGAGAUCUGUAGGCAGCAAUAUGGCCAAUUUAUAAAGGACGACAUGCUGUGUGCAGGGAGCUUGGGCCAGAACGCCUGCGAGGGCGACUCUGGGGGCCCCUUGGUCUGUAAAUGGAGGAACACCUGGGUCCAGGUAG